UGAGUGAGCCGCUGUAACAUCACUCAAACCGGGGCCAGGAGAGGCUUUUGUGCCUCUCCAAAACUUGACCACGACCCCCCUGUUCAGUCGGGUCAGCCUCAUGAUGGGAUGCCUGACUCACUUCUUCUCUGUGCACGGCGGAGCUCGAGCUCGAGCUCUCACGCCAACUCCACCGUCAGUGACGUCUGCAUCACGUGUCCGUCUCUUCCCUCGGUACGUCCGUCGUAUUUUCCUCCCCUCCUCGACAGCCUGCCUCAACACUGAGAGCCACUCGAAAUAAACAAGCGUAAAAAAGAGGGUCGUGGAUUCAAGGGACCGGGUCUGGCUCCUGUGUCACGCUUCUCACCGGCCGAUGGACAGAGAGGGGGCUUCCUACACCUAUAAUAAGUUACCAUCAGUGAAGCCCACACCUCCUGUAUCAUUGUAAACUUUUUAAACCCUGCGCUGCAUACACAAAGCGAGGUUUCCACAAGUGAACCUAUGGACAUCCCCCGCUAUCCUCCCUCCUCCUGGCCUGGUCUACAGUAAACCAGAAACGACCUGUAUUCUCACUCCCACCCCUCAAGCAAGCCAUUUGAGCAACCUUCCCCACCUUUUGGUCGCACCAUGGCCAGCAAAAGGAAGUCCACUAUUCCUUGUAUGAUCCCCAGUAAGAUCAUACGCCCUGUGGAGGAGGCCGAAAGAGACUCUCCUGUUCCCGUACAUCAAUCCCGGAUUCCCGGCGGGGGCAGACACAGCCCCCUCAAUCUGGGACAGUCUUCAAAACCAGAGGUGGGGGAUGCUGAAAAAGACGGUGCUGGCACUUACACCUGUAAGCCUUGUAACUUCGAAACCCACGACCUUAACUUGUUCCUGGAUCAUGUGUACUCCGGACACCCUGACUUCCGCGCGGACCCCAGCUUCUUUUGCGUGAGUUGUGGAAUUUCCGCCCCCAAAUUCGAGGGUCUGGCCCUGCAUAAUGCCAGGGUUCACCCCAGCACGCUGAACACGACUCUGCAACUGAGGAAGAAGGAUAGGAGAGUCGUGGUGGAGCAGUCUCUUGUGACCGGAGGAGAAACGGGGAAGGACAGCGAGAUUUCUAUCACAAAAACCCCAAUAAUGAGGAUGCUGAAGGGGAAAUCGGAGCCUAAACGGAUAGUGGUGUCUCACCCGGUCUCAGAUGAGCCUCCCUUAGACUCUCACUCCAGAGAGAGUGAGAGGAAAGAGGCUGCUGCCGUGACAGUCACCCAUGUUCCCACUAUUGUCCACAACGGGACUACGAAGGUCACUCUGCCCUCGGCAAUCCAAAUAGUCAAUGGCUCUGGAGCAUUACCAAUGCUUAAGACUCCAAUCACACAGGUCGUCUCGGUUGUUCAAAACAGAAGCCUUCAUCAAUCUGCAUCAAUCACAGCCUCUUCACACGUUUCCUCCACUUCCUCAUCCUCCAAAAAUCUCCCCAAGGUGAUGAUUCCUCUGAGCAGCAUCCCCAUUUACAGUGCCUCCAUGGACUCCUCCUCUUUCUUGAAGACGUCCUUCAGUAAGUUCCCGUACCCCACCAAGGCUGAACUCUGUUACCUGACCGUGGUCACAAAGUUCCCUGAAGAGCAGAUCAAGAUCUGGUUCACAGCACAGAGACUCAAACAAGGCAUCAGCUGGUCUCCUGAGGAGAUCGAGGAGGCCAGGAGGAAGAUGUUCAACACCAUCAUCCAAACUACACCCGCUGGCUCACACAACCAGAGUCACUGCAACCCGACCCAGCACACAAUCACAGUCCUACCUGCCUCGCUUGGCGCUACUGGGAUCCCUCACAUUCUUCAGGGCUCUCUGGUCAGUCAAGGAGGGGUAAUUGUCACUCAGCCUAUGAUGGCAAAUGGAAUCCAGGUCAGCAGUGCUCCUGUGGCCCUAGCCGUCACACCUAAGCCUCAGGCAGCAGCUCGCCCCAUGAUGCAGGCUCGUCCUACUGCGGCCCUGGUGGCAGACAAAGGCAUCAGCAUGGUGGUGGGGACAGUGGGCAGCAGCAGCAGCAGCACUGGGAACAGCAUCAUUAGCAGUAAAAGCAGCAGUAGUAGGAGCGGGGGAGGAGGCAGUGUUACAUCGAGCAGUCAAGCCAGUGUCAUCAACCUUAGUCUAGGAAGUAGUAAUCACAGUAAUGCAAAGGGGAGCAGUGUCAAUGGGAAGCACAGAGGGGCCAAUGCAGACAGCUCAGACAAGAGCAGUAAUAAUGUAAGCAGUCAUGUUAAUGCUAAGAACAGUGAAAGCUCCAAAGCUAAUAACAGCAGCAUCGUGCAGAGCAGCAGCACAGAGAGCAAAAACAGCAAAGACAUUAAAUCCGGGAGUGAUGGAAAGAAGGGCAAAGAGACCAACGGUAGCAGCAGCAUAAACAACCCUACUAGCACAAUCCCAGAUGAAGUGGACCCCCCCACCAGUGACUCUCCAACUAUCCAUAUGGAGGAUGCAUCCUCUCCUGCAUCCAAGUCUUCCUCCCCGGCUCCGUCGAGCAGCACGUCCGGCUCUCGGACUCCCGUUAACUCUUUCCUUGACCCAAGUUUUUAUAAGGGCAAGAAGUCCCAGGAGCAACUCAAUGCUCUGAAGGACAGCUUUCAGGCCAACCAGUUCCCCGACCAGGAGGAGGUGGACCGCCUCAUCUCUCUGACGGGGCUCACGGUGCGAGAGGUCCGCAAGUGGUUCAGCGACCGGCGCUACCACUUUCGCAACCUUAAAGGUUCACGCUCCAGCACGGGUGCACCGAGUAAGUCCAGCAGUGCGGCGGGAGCAGGGAGCGGUGCUGCUGGCGGUGCCAACCCUGUGGAUCUGUCUGACAGCGGUAGCAGUCCUGGCUCAAAAACACCCCAGCACAGCUCUGCACCACUGAGCCCAACUGCAUCACAGACUCCCACAUCUCCUACUACACCUUCCAGACGGCACCCCAGACCUCCUUCACCUGAUUUCACGGCUAUCCGCUACAAGGAGAGAGAACCUCAUCAGUUGAAGGCCCUGGAAGCCAGUUUUGCCCAGGACUCUGACCCACCAGGAGAGGAGGUGGACAGACUGCGAUCUGAGACCAAGAUGACCAGGCGGGAGAUCCACGGCUGGUUUGCUGAGAGAAGGAAGAGAAUGGCAGCUGAGAAAAGGAAAGAGGAGGCGGAGCGGGUGUUGAGAGAGGAGGAGGGGGAGGUAGACUCGGAGGAGAGACAGAAAGAGGACGGUUCAGGAGAACUCAAAGUCAACCCGAUUAAGAUCAAUCUGAAGAUGCUGAAAGUGACAGAAGCCAACGGCAAAGCAGAGGGAGAAGGUUUGGAUAGCCCCGCAUUACCCCUUCAGUCCAGCAGCACACCUGCAUCUUCCCCAUCCACUACCCCAAAACCACCUCAAUCCUCCACCCCAACACCCAAACCCUCCCCGUCCCCCAAACUCACAGCCAUCCGGGGGAAGAAGACAGCAGAGCAGCUGCAACUGCUCAAACAAGUGUAUGCCCGGACCCAGUGGCCCAGCGCUACUCAGUACGACGAACUGAUAUCAGGUACUGGACUGCCCAGACCGGAGGUGGUGCGCUGGUUUGGGGACUGUCGGUAUGUGCAGAAGAACGGACAGCUGAAGUGGCUUGAGAUUCACCAGGGCUUGGCUGUGGAAGAGGACCUCAAGAAGGGAAACGAACAGACCCUCCAGGCCCACCUUGACGACCACGGCAGACUGGAGGAGUCGCAGCUGCAGGAACUGGCCGAGGCGAGUGGUUUAUCUGCAGACUUGGUGCGAUAUUGGUUCUCCACAAAGGCGUCUUUGCACCAAACAGGACAAACUGCUGCUGCUGUUGUAGCUGACGGCAAUGCAGCGGAUGAACCAGUAAGAACAGAAUCGUCCCCUCUGGAGCCGCAGCCAGGAGGCGGGACGGAGGAGAAAAUGGAGCAGUCGGUGUGCGGUGUGGUUACAGAGGCUGAGGAGGCCGACGCUGACAAGACUGUGAAUCCUACUGAAGGAACUGUCUAAAGAGGGGGGGUCACAACGCAGGUGGUCUUUGUGUCGGCAGUCUGAGGAAGAAGACGGCAGAUGCGGCUGUAACAGGAUCACUGGACGGACCUUGAAAAAAACCAUCCCUCCCCUCCCCUUCUCCUCUCUCACACCCCUAGAGGUAGGCACGACCUCCCCCACUACGUGAGACGGACGCUGAAGCAGCUAACGCCCCCCCCCCACUCAAUCCAUCCAUCCAUCCUACUACCAACCCAUACUCCCCUGCCUUUAUUUUUCCCCCGUCGAGUCAACUCCUCGCUACACACACCUUCUCUACUUGCCUCCUGUCCGCCAUUUUCCCCCUCUAAAGGAAGUUCCAGCGCAGACUGAAGUGCAGGAGUGGAUGUGGUGGAGGGAGGGGCAUCGUUUCUCUGCUGUGUUUGCUCCAUCUGCCUGCUGUGAUGGGAGAAAGAAGAAGAAAAAAAAUAGACUUGGAGAAAGAUGAGCAUGGGAACGAAGGAGAAGUGUUGCCCAGAUUGAGACCUCAGCAGAUGCUCUUCAGGAGUUUGAGGGAAGGGUUGUGUUUGGACACUUAUCGACCAAUCGAGGCUCAAAUAUGGAUCUGUGCAGAAUUUAAACUGUUCAAAGUUUGUUUUGAAGGUACGAAAAGCUGCACAGUUCACAGGGUGCUUGCCGAGGCCUUAAAGUGAAUCAAAUUAUUUUUCUAUUGUGUCAUCUUCAUACUCCUUCUCCCACCUUCUUGCACUCAUACACUUUGACUUCAUGCUUGCAGCUUACUUUAAAUGUUAGCUAGGCUCUUCAUAGUGUCUAAUGUGAAACUCAGCACUGAUGUUCUUUUUUUUUUGUCUGUUUUUAGCUGUACAUAAUAUUUGACAAAAUGGGUCUUAAGCUGUCCAGUUUGGAAGAAAAAAACGUCUGUCAUCCAAAGAAGGCAAGCACCCUGUUGUUGAAACAAACUAAAAACAAAAUCAAGCGACACUCACACUUUGGUAGACUGUCCGAAACCUGGUUUGUGUUGUAGCAUCAAGUGCUUCUUUACGUCGCCGACGUGUACGUAUAUUUGUUUUUAUGGAACUUUCCUACAACAUAACUUUAACUGUAAAAGAACUGUGAACUUUUAUCAGAGUUCCAUACUUAGGCUUGAUGUAAUUUUUACAGGUGGUAUUUGCAGAAUAAACAGAAUGUAAUAAAUA